UCUCUGUCUUCUUCCCUCUCUUUUCUUACACUCCCACCGGCACACCUUCACAGACAGACAGGGGGCCCUAAAGUUUGGAAGCUUAGGUGGGAGACUCCGGAGGAGCCGAGAGGUGAAUUACGUCUCUUUCCAAGACCGUCUGAGCUUCGUUUCGUUUAACGAAGCUAAACGAAGCUCAGAGAAGGUAAUAUGACGAGAAUGUUUCUAAAUAUGGCCCCUACGAAGCUUCGUGCCUUGUCUUCUAAUUGGUGGGAUGAGAUCAACGAGUCUACUCGCUGGCAGGAUGGAAUCUUCUUCUCUCUCUGCGCUACUUAUGCCCUCGUCUCCGCCGUUGCUCUGAUUCAAUUAAUUAGGAUUGAACUGCGAGUGCCGGAGUAUGGUUGGACUACACAGAAGGUUUUUCAUCUUAUGAACUUCAUUGUAAACGGAGUGCGUGCACUUGUUUUUGGAUUUCACAAGCAAGUGUUUGUUUUAUCCCCAAAGGUCAUCACUUCUGUGUUGUUGGAUCUUCCCGGUCUUUUGUUCUUCUCAACAUACACCCUACUUGUCCUAUUUUGGGCAGAGAUUUAUCAUCAGGCCAGAAGUCUUCCAACAGAUAAGCUCAGGGUCAUAUACGUUGUAGUUAAUGUUGGAAUAUACAUUAUACAGGUUUGUAUUUGGAUAUACAUGUGGAUCAAUGACAACAGCGUUGUGGAAACUAUUGGCAAGAUAUUUAUUGCAGUUGUAUCAUUUACUGCAGCACUCGGUUUCCUUUUUUAUGGAGGAAGGCUAUUUUUCAUGCUGAGGCGCUUCCCUAUUGAAUCUAAAGGGCGAAGAAAAAAGCUUCAUGAGGUUGGAUCAGUUACAGCAAUAUGUUUCAUCUGCUUUCUCAUCAGAUGCUGUGUGGUAGCAUUAUCCGCUUUUGACUCAGAUGCAUCUCUUUACGUGUUGGAUCAUCCGGUCUUGAACUUCAUCUAUUACAUGCUGGUUGAGAUCCUGCCAUCAGCACUUGUUCUCUAUAUCCUGCGGAAGCUACCCCCCAAAAGGGUAUCAGCACAGUACCACCCAAUCCGUUAAGCUAGCAUUAUCUUCAUCCUCGAAGGGUUUACUUAUUUAGAACUCAAAAAGUUCUCGGAUAAACAAGACAAGCGGACAAGAGGAGAAAAUGAAUGCAGAUUGUGAAGCUGGUAUGGCUCACAGCCAUGGCAAUUCUACUGCAUGUUAUAUAUAUGAUGCUCUUCCAAGCUCGCGGAAGAGAUUUGUUUACCGGGUUGCAGGUCUUGGUUUUGGAAAGGGCACCAAGAGUGUUUGAGUAUUUGAUAAUAUCUAUGUUUCAUUUACUUGACAAAUUGAUGUGGAAAUUUUUGCAGGGUGUUUGUAGUGGUUCUAGAGGGUCCCAACUUUCCAUUUCUGUUUUCUGAAGAGUUCAGAUUUAGCAAGGGACCUGCAAAAACAAAAUUUGUAACAUUGAAGUUCAACAUUUAUUUAUCAAUAUUUUUUUUAGGUUUAGC